AUGAAGGGAUUAAUUUUAGUCGGUGGUUACGGUACUCGUUUGAGACCUUUAACCUUAACAGUUCCAAAGCCAUUGGUUGAGUUUGGUAACAGACCAAUGAUUUUACACCAAAUCGAGGCUUUAGCUGCUGCUGGUGUUACUGAUAUCGUUUUGGCUGUUAACUACAGACCAGAGGUUAUGGUUUCCACUUUAAAGAAGUACGAAGAUGUCUACGGUGUCACCAUCACCUUCUCUGUUGAAGAUGAACCAUUGGGAACCGCUGGUCCAUUAAAGCUCGCUGAAAAGGUGUUGAAGAAGGACGAUACUCCAAUUUUCGUGUUGAACUCGGACGUUAUUUGUGAAUACCCAUUCAAGGAAUUAGCCGCCUUCCACAAGUACCACAAGGCCGAAGCUACCAUUGUCGCUACCAAGGUUGAUGAACCAUCCAAGUACGGUGUCAUUGUCCACGAUCCAUACACUCCUAACUUGAUCGACAGAUUCGUCGAAAAGCCAGUGGAAUUCGUUGGUAACAGAAUCAACGCCGGUUUAUAUAUCUUAAAUCCUUCAGUUAUUGAUUUAAUUGAAAUGAGACCAACCUCCAUUGAAAAGGAAACUUUCCCAAUCUUGGUUGAAAAGAAGCAAUUAUACUCCUUUGACUUGGAAGGUUACUGGAUGGAUGUCGGUCAACCAAAGGAUUUCCUUUCCGGAACUUGUUUGUACUUGACUGCUUUAACCAAGAAGUCCCCAGAAAAGUUAUGUAGCGAACCAUUCGUUACCGGUGGAAACGUCUUAAUCGACCCAAGUGCCAAGAUCCACCCUCUGGCUUUGAUUGGUCCAAAUGUUGUUAUUGGUCCAAACGUUGUUGUCGGAGAAGGUGCCAGAAUUCAAAGAUCCGUCUUAUUGGCCAACUCUCAAGUUAAGGACCACGCCUGGGUCAAAUCUACCAUUGUUGGUUGGAACUCCAGAAUUGGUAAGUGGGCCAGAACUGAAGGUUGUACCGUUUUAGGUGAUGACGUUGAAAUCAAGAACGAAAUCUACGUUAACGGUGCCAAGGUUUUACCACACAAGUCCAUUUCUGCCAAUGUUGAACAUGAAUCUAUUAUUAUGUAA